CUGGCCGCCGUGGACACCGCGCCACCAAACUUUCCCCGGAGCCGGCGCCGGGAGUGAGCCAUAACUGGCGGCUGCUCUUGCGCCAAUGAGCCUCCCCAAUUCCUCCUGCCUCUUAGAAGACAAGAUGUGUGAGGGCAACAAGACCACUAUGGCCAGCCCCCAGCUGAUGCCCCUGGUGGUGGUCCUGAGCACUAUCUGCUUGGUCACAGUAGGGCUCAACCUGCUGGUGCUGUAUGCUGUACGGAGUGAGCGGAAGCUCCACACUGUGGGGAACCUGUACAUCGUCAGCCUCUCAGUGGCAGACCUGAUUGUGGGUGCCGUCGUCAUGCCUAUGAACAUCCUCUACCUGCUCAUGUCCAAGUGGUCACUGGGCCGUCCUGUCUGCCUCUUUUGGCUUUCCAUGGACUAUGUGGCCAGCACAGCAUCCAUUUUCAGUGUCUUCAUCCUGUGCAUUGAUCGCUACCGCUCUGUCCAGCAGCCCCUCAGGUACCUUAAGUAUCGUACCAAGACCCGAGCCUCGGCCACCAUUUUGGGGGCUUGGUUUCUCUCUUUUCUGUGGAUUAUUCCCAUUCUAGGCUGGAAUCACUUCAUGCAGCAGACCUCAGUGCGCCGAGAGGACAAGUGUGAGACAGACUUCUAUGAUGUCACCUGGUUCAAGGUCAUGACUGCCAUCAUCAACUUCUACCUGCCCACCUUGCUCAUGCUUUGGUUCUAUGCCAAGAUCUACAAAGCUGUACAACAACACUGCCAGCACCGGGAGCUCAUCAAUGGGUCCCUCCCUUCCUUCUCAGAAAUUAAGCUGAGGCCAGAGAACCCCAAGGGGGAUGCCAAGAAACCAGGGAAGGAGUCUCCCUGGGAGGUUCUGAAAAGGAAGCCAAAAGAUGCUGGUGGUGGAUCUGUCUUGAAGUCACCAUCCCAAACCCCCAAGGAGAUGAAAUCCCCAGUUGUCUUCAGCCAAGAGGAUGAUGGAGAAGUGGACAAACUCCACUGCUUUCCACUUGAUAUUGUGCAGAUGCAGACUGCGGCAGAGGGGAGUAGCAGGGACUAUGUAGCCGUCAACCAGAGCCAUGGCCAGCUCAAGACAGAUGAGCAGGGCCUGAACACACAUGGAGCCAGUGAGAUAUCAGAGGAUCAGAUGUUAGGUGAUAGCCAAUCCUUCUCUCGAACAGACUCAGAUACCACCACAGAGACAGCACCAGGCAAAGGCAAAUUAAGGAGUGGGUCUAACACAGGCCUGGAUUACAUCAAGUUUACUUGGAAGAGGCUCCGCUCGCAUUCGAGACAGUAUGUAUCUGGGUUGCACAUGAACCGCGAAAGGAAGGCCGCCAAACAGUUGGGUUUUAUCAUGGCAGCCUUCAUCCUCUGCUGGAUCCCUUAUUUCAUCUUCUUCAUGGUCAUUGCCUUCUGCAAGAACUGUUGCAAUGAACAUUUGCACAUGUUCACCAUCUGGCUGGGCUACAUCAACUCCACGCUGAACCCCCUCAUCUACCCCUUGUGCAAUGAGAACUUCAAGAAGACAUUCAAGAGAAUUCUGCAUAUUCGCUCCUAAGGGAGGCUCUGAGGGGAUGCAACAAAAUGAUCCUUACGAUGUCCAACAAGGAAAUAGAGGACGAAAGCCUGUGUGUUGCCAGGCAGGCACCUGGGCUUUCUGGAAUCCAAACCACAGUCUUAGGGGCUCGGUAGUUUGGAAAGUUCUUAGGCAACAUAGAAGAACAGCAGAUGGCGGUGAUCAGCAGAGAGAUUGAACUUUGAGGAGGAAGCAGAAUCUUUGCAAGAAAAUCAGACCUGUUUCUUGUAACUGGAUUCAAAAAGAAAAAAAAUAAUAAAAAUAAAAGACAGAGAGAAUCAAACCUGGGUGGAACUCUCCUGCUCCUCAGGAACUGUGGGAGCCUCAGACUCAUUGUAAUUCAAGCUGUCCGAGUCAAAUGAUUGACAACUGAAGGGACACGUGGCUAGGGUUCCACUGGAGAAUUGAAAAGAACUCUUGAGCCCUCCUGGAAUGGAGCUGUAUAACUGUGCAGAGACUUCAUCCAUGAGAAUAGUUGCUGUCCCCUUCCAGGGGUCACCUUGAGAGGCAUGACAGCUGUUCCACAGGGGCUACCCCUUCUCAGAAAACUUCUCUUCUGAACCUCUUUUACAGCUUUCUCCAGAACCAGUGUCUGAACCACCCUGGAAAUUCUGCCUUAUAUUUCUUACUCAAACAUGUUUAGAGUGGAUAGAAAAUUAUGCAGCUUGCACACCCAUCGUCUUUAACCCCAAAUUUCCUUUAGCUAUUAAAAAAGUGGUGGCAAAGCCUUCCUCAAAAGAAAGAGGAAUGAAAUAUUUUUGAAUGGUUGCACAUUAAAAAUUAAAAGAAGGAAUGGGGGCAGAAUGCCAUAUUUUUGAGGGCUGUACUAGGUUUAUCUCAUUUAAGCCCCACGACACCCCACAGGAGGGUAAUUUUCUAACUCUAGUUUGCAGAGGAGCAAAUUGAGGUUCAGCAAGGUGAGAGAGGUACCCAAGGUCACAUGGCUAGUUACGUGAGAAAGUUAGAAUACAAAUCCUCUGGGGUUUCAGCUUAUUGUAGCAUGUUUUCUCCAAAAGACAAAAAUGUGCCCUUUUGGCCAGGCGUGGUAGCUCAAGCCUAUAAUCCCAGCAUGUUGGGAGGCCGAGGUGGGCAGAUCAUUUGAGGCCAGGAGUUCAAGACCAGUCUGGCCAAUAUGGAGAAAUCUUGUCUCUACUAAAAAUACAAAAAUUAUCUGGGCAUGGUGGGGCAUGCCUGUAGUCCCAGUUACUUGGGAGGCCGAGGCACGAGAAUCGCUUGAACCCGGGAGGUGGAGGUUGCCGUGAGCCAAGAUCACGCCACUGCACUCCAGCCUGGGCAACAGAGCAAGACUCCAUCUCAAAAAACAUAAAUAAAUACAAUAUUUUAACAAUGUGCCCUCUUAAGUGUGCACAGAUACACAGAUACACAGUAUUCCCAAGAGUGGUGGCAACUCAAAAUAAUAUGUUGACUAGACGAACAGCUGACAUGGAGUUCCUGUGCACCUACAGAAGGUGAUGCUUUGAAGGAACCAAGUGCAUUUUUAUCUGUGAGUUCUGUUGUGUUUGUCAAAAAGUCAUUGUAAUCUUUCAUAGCCAUCCUGUUAAGCAAAAACUAGUAAAGACAUAGGAACAUACAGUUUUACUUGGUGUUUAUGUUGCAAUCUGGUUGUGAUUUAUAUUUUAAAACUUGCUGCUAAACCAUAAUAUGUAUAGCAAAUGGAGUGCCUGUACAAGCUGAUAUUUUGUAUUUUGUGUUCCUCUUUGCAUGAUCUGUUAAAAUGAGAUAUUUUUACCUACCUAAAAUAUGAUGUUUAAAAGCAUACUGUAUGUGAUUUAUUUAUUUCUACCUUUCUGAGUCUCUUGGACUAAGAAGAUGUAUUGAAAUGUACCAUCAAAUGUUAACAAGGUUUGAU